GUUAUAUAAUGUGACAGCUUCAGGUAGCAGUGGGUGAGGCCUCUAACAAGUGUCUCAGUGAAUUGAAUUACCCUGUGGCUAAUUGGAAGCGAAUGAUGGGAGACAGAUGAAAGCUGAAAUGAAAUACUGGUUUCCGUCUGGAACGUAUAUGCCCAUUGCAAUAAACGGUACAUCUGGUCUAAUACAAAUUCAUGGUCCCCUGUAAGUACUACAGCUCCCAGCAUCCUCCACUGACUACUGACAGGUUGAAGAUCGUGGGAAUUGUAGUUCUUAUCCGACGUGUCAGCAUGGGGGAGAGUCAGACGUUCAGCCGGCGCCUUCAUGAAAUCACAGAAAGGCGCAAUAUCCUAUCAGAGGUGGAGAGAACUCAGAGGGAGCUGGAGCAGAAGAGAAUCAGCCUGCAGCAACUAAAGAGGAAAUCCCUGCGAGAGCGAUGGCUGAUGGAUGGAGUGGUUCCCUCUCCUGGGGCUGAAAUGGACAAUCCGCUCUUCCAGACAGAGAGUAAAAUACAGCAGCUGGAGAAGGAACUAGAGAGCCUCCAGAUGCAGCUGCUGCGCUUAGAGAACCCAAUGGCAGUGCCGCCUGAGGCAAAAACAAUUCAGGCGCCAUUCGUGAAUGGUGAAAAAAUCCAGAAGGAAGGAGGUCAAACAGGAGGUGCUAAAGAAGUGUCCACAGGUCAAGCAAAAGACUCUCAUGGGAUUAUCCAUGAAGAACAGGCAACAAAGGAAGAUCACACGUUGGGUCAAGACUCAGGAACAGGUCAGGCCAUACCAGCUGAAAACAAAGCAAACCUAGAGCUGAAUGUGGAACACCAGGACAUAGAACACCAGAAGGUUGAAUCAGCAGAUCUAAACCAGGAACAUGAAAAGCUAAGCCCGGAACAUCCAGUCCAAAACCAAACUGUGCAACAUCUUGAAAAGAACCAGGCACAUCUUGACCAAGAACAUACUAAGAAGAAUCAGGAUGGACAAGAUGGUAUCCUAGAAUAUCUAACCCAAGGUCAGCAGCUUGAAAACCCAAAUCUGCAACAUCUGGAUAGAUACUUGGUAACUGAAGUGACUAUGGAACAUGAAAAGCAAAACCUAGAACCUGGAACAAUCCAGCACCAUACUGUACAACAUCUUGAAAAUACCCAGGAACAUCAGGACCAAGAAAAGACUGAGAAGAAUCAAGAUGAACAUCAUGGAAUCCUAGAACAUAUAAUUCAGGAUCAGCAGAAUGAAAACCCAAAUCUGGGACAUCUGGAUAAAUACCUGGUAACAGAAAAAACCCUUGAAAUUAACCCCUUAGAGAAUGUUUCAGUACAGAUCCAAAACCAGAGUACAUCUGAUCACAGCCAGAACCAGACUGAAGCAAAACUGCCAACUGACAUUCCACAACAGAAAGCAUUAGAGAGUAAAACACAAACCACAGACCACGUUUCUGAAUUGGUACACACAAAGCAAGAUCACAGUCAAGAACAUGUUACCACUGACCAAACACAAGGCCAAGAACUCUUUUCUUCAUCAAGUGAGCCAACAGAAGAAGAAUCGGUAUCAUUGGCCCAAGACGAAAAACUCGACCAGCACAGCGAAUCUGUAUCAACAGUCCAUGAGGUCCAUGAUGGUCCAAGUGAAAAUCAAAAGCCCGUAAUUACAUCAGAAGACCAAAAUCACGGCUACAUGUCAUUGUCAAAUGCACAGAACCAAGACCAAGGCUCAGCACUGCCAGAGAAAGAUCUAGAACACACUCAGAAACCAGAUCUAUCCCAUGAAUUUGAAAGCGAGGCGUCAUCUUUAACAGGCCUAAUAUCCGUCUCUACCCUACUGUCUAUGGAACAGAACCAGGAGAGUACUGAAGAGACUUCUAAGUCUGUAGCCCUGGAUGAGUUAUCAGACCUGCUGAACACCGAUAUGAUUAAGCAGUCACUGCUGAUGUCUAAGAGUUUGGAAGAGAGUCCAUCACUGCCAUUAACAGAACAGAUCCAAGAGACUAUGUGCCAGUCUGUGUUCAUUCCCGACCUGAAGAAGGAUCAAUCGGAUCCAGAGGUUAUGCAGAAGUCCUCCUCCUCUGAGCCAGCACCCAGCACCCUUCCACAGUCCAGCAGUGCAGAAGGCAACUCUUCCCCUGAAUCCCAACCCCUUCUUCAGAAGUCACAAGGGACUGAUAGCCAACAGGCACAAGGAGGCAACACUGCAACGCCACCAGAGGAAGACCGGCGCGUGAAGAAGAAGUCAUGCCACUGUUGCGUGGUCAUGUGAGCUUCCUCUUCAGUAUUAUGCAAAAGAUAGAUAUCGAAGCCAUUAGAGGGCGACAAUGAGUUCCUGACUCAAUCUGGCAGCUUGUCUGGUUUUUAUGUACAGGUGGUGUCGUUGUAAGGACUAUUCCAUAAUGGGGGGGGCACAGCUAGUGACAGUCCCAGAACAACAUUCACAGGGGUUAUAAUGAGGCAAUAGUAACACAGGCAAUAACUGUAUGUUCCACAGUGUAAGAGAAUAAAAAGUUACUAUAUUUUAUGUUAAA